AUGUACAUCUCUCCGUUUCUCGCCUUGGGCUCUGUACUGCCUUUGGCAGCCACCUCCCGGAUCCAGCAACCCCUCGCCGCCGAUUCUCCUCCUUUGACGCCUCAUAGCUUCUCUUCCACUUCCUCCUCCGCACCCGCUUGGCGCGAUGACCUAUUGUCUUUACACCGCUCGCUAAUCGAGAUUCCAUCCGUCUCGGGCAACGAGAGUGCCGCAGGAAGAUUUCUCGUCGACUACCUGACUGGUCGCGGUUAUGUUUCAUCUCUUCAGUUUCUUCCCCCGCGCAACAACUCGUCGAAUGAAACGCCCCGUUUCAACGUCUUGGCUUGGAAGACGAAUCAACGCCAGCCCGAGCCUCGUGUUGUCGUCUCGUCUCACUACGAUGUCGUGCCGCCGCACAUCCCUUAUGGGAUCUCUGACGAACACAUUACACCCGGCACCCGUAUCAGCGGCAGGGGAAGCGUGGACGCCAAGGCUAGCGUUGCUGCUCAGAUCAUCGCCCUCGAGGAUCUGUUCAAUGCUGAUAAAGUCAACCCUGACGAUGUGAUGCUCUUGUUCGUCAUCGGUGAGGAGGAUACAGGCGACGGAAUGCGAUUCUUUUCCGAUUCUCUGCAGGAAGCUGACCCGCCUGUCCGCUUCGAUUCCGUCAUUUUCGGCGAGCCAACAGAGGGCAAGCUAGCUUGUGGCCACAAGGGCGGCGUUUUCUGCGAUAUCACGGCAAAAGGUGUCGCUGGCCACUCCGGAUAUCCUUGGCUUGGCAAAUCGGCCAACGAGAUCAUGAUCAAGGCCCUGGCCAAAAUCAUCACCACCGAUCUUGGAAGCACCGAAAAAUGGGGUAACACCACGGUGAACAUUGGCCAGUUCAACGGCGGCGUCGCCCAGAACGUCAUUCCUGCGGCUGCAUUGGCAAGGAUUGCAGUCCGUGUUGCCAUUGGUCCCGAAAAGGACGGGGGCAACAUCGUCAAGGACAGAAUCCAGAAGAUUCUUGAUGAGACUGAUUCCGAAUCGCUCGAAAUGACGUGUACUCACGGUUACGGCGUUGUGGAGGCUAACUGUGAGGUUGAUGGCUUUGAGACUCUCGUGGCCAACUAUGGCACUGAUAUUCCCAACUUGAAGGGCUCACACACUCGCUACCUCUACGGGCCGGGCACUAUCUUGGUUGCCCACGGCCGUGACGAGAACAUCACAGUCGCUGAGCUCGAGGAGGCUGUUGGAGGCUACCAGAAGCUGAUUUUGCAUGCCCUCCAAGAUUCUGCUUAA